AUGGUCAGUGACAGCCACGUCCCCGCCAGCUACCAAAAAAGAAACGGCGGCUUUCGUAGGCGUCGUGGGUUUCUGGAGAACGCGUGUUCUGGCUUGCAGUCAGUUUGUCCUCCAGCUCGGGACACGGCAGGCGGCGCGGGGGGGAGUGAGGACAGCUGGGGAUCCCCCUGCCGGUGCUGCGGCUUCGGGGCGCGGAGCUGGGCAGCCGAGGCACCUGCAGGACGCUACGAGAACGCGUUUCCCGAGCGCGCUGGUGUUGCCGUUGUUGGUAGCGUGAGCACCGCUUUGCCUUACUCUGCUGUGUUUGUACGUUUCGCACCACUUGUGAAUUCCUUGAACCUUGGCAUUGCGAGCCCACUUCUGUUGGGCCCUCCUCCUUUACAGCUCGCGCAGAUUAAGACACAGCUGGCUCUGCAGCAGUUGACCUCGGUUGCUACCACCGGUUCUGCACCUCCUUAUGCUUGGCUAAACCAGGCGUUUCUGAAAAGCGCGAUGUUUAGCCCCAGAGGAACUUUACCUCCGAGGCCGAGGGGCCCUAAUCCAUCCGGCACGAAGCCUCCGGGAUCUUGCAGGGGAGGAGGUGCGGGCGGUCCGCCGAGAAAGCCUGCGCCUGGGACGCCUCAAGGAACGCCGCAGAGGUGUUCGGGACCUGAAACCUUGCAGUGGACGGGUUCGCAGAGGAUAAACGUGCGGGUCACUCUGCACAGGCCUGAUCCGAGGCAGGUCAAAGGGAAGGCGAACCUGCACCAGGAGCAGAAGGUUGAGCCGCGCACGAGUCACUGGGAUAGCAGCCCGUGCUCAGCUGGGCCAGCGGGGCAGAAGCCGUCCUCCUCGGCACGGAUCUCGGAGCAGAACUCCAAUGCCCAGAACCGCUACACGCCAGAAAGCGCUUCCAGUAUUUUAGCGAGUUUUGGGCUGUCCAAUGAAGAUUUGGAGGAACUCAGUCGCUAUCCAGACGAUCAGUUAACGCCUGAAAACAUGCCGCUGAUCCUGAGAGAGAUACGGAUCCGUAAGAUGGGUCAUUCCGUGGCUGGGUUGCACGCUCAGAGCCGGGGAGAAGACACGAUGGGUGGUGCGAGCGGCGCAGCAGUCAAGAGUAAAGUCAUCGAUUAUGGGCACGCGAGCAAAUACGGUUACACUGAAGACCCUCUUGAAGUGCGUGCGUAUAAUCCCAAAGUGCUGACCGAAGAGCCUCUGGAAGCACGCGUCUACAACCCCGAAGCACCCAGCGGGGAGAACAGGGAAGACUUCCAGCGAGAGCAGAACGUCUCAAUGGGUGUCCCACCAGCCGGCGUGCCCUGCAAUCCAGUGUUUCCGGUCGAAGAGAUGAUGAAACCGACGGGGUUCCAGAACGAUUCCUCCAACGCUCAGGCGUUUUUCCCACCUGAGGCCACGGGGAAGGUGUCCGGCUUGUGUGCAGCACCCGCUGCCCUCCCCGUGGGGAAGCCCGUAUCCCAGCCGGCGAUGCCGCCCGUCAUGCCGCCCAUGAUGCCGCCGAUGAUGCCGCCCUUGGCACAGCCCUUGAUGCCGCCCAUCAUGCUGCCCGUGGUCCAGCAGCCUGUCGCCCAGCACGUCAUGCCACCCAUCACCCACCCGCCCUUCUCGCCUGGGCUCCUUGCGGCGAUAAGCCAUCACGAAAGAGGUCAUCGCGAAGCCGGGCCAAGCCCGCCCAACGCCCAGAGCGGCUCGGGAGCAGCGGGGCAGAAGCCCUUCCAGACGCAGGCGGAGGGGCCGAUUAAAUCUCCUUUUGGUGUCGUGAAAGCGUCCUGGCUUCCCGCGUUCCUGCAGCCCGAUCCCCAGAAGAUAAAAAGGUUGCCCACUCCGUCGAUGAUGAACGACUACUAUGCUACGUCUCCGAGAAUAUUUCCGCAUAUGUGUUCUCUGUGUAACAUUGAAUGCACUUACAUGAAGGACUGGAUUCUGCACCAGAACACCGCUCCUCACAUCGAAAGCUGCCGCCAGCUACGCCAACAAUACCCUGACUGGAACCCCGAGUCUCACUCCUCAAAGAGGAAUGCUGGCGACAGAAAAGAAAACCAGACCCCGCGGCGUCGAUCCAACUCUGCCAGCCCCAGUCCCCGGCGGUCGAGGUUCACAGGCUCUGGCUAUGCUCUGCGCCGGUCGCGGUCGCGGUCCAGGAGCCCUGGCCGCUUCAGGUCAACAAGGCCGAGGAGUCGAAGCCCACGGCAGAUGCGACGCCUUAGCCCCAGACACCGGUCCAGGUCACCGCAGCGCUCCAGAAACCCGCUAAGAACCAGUUCGCGACCUCAGAGGUCUUCCAGCAAUGACUGGGCAUCGAGGAGGUCAACCCGGUCUCAAGGUUCUUCAUCUCCUGAAACUGAUGAUGCACCCGAAGGCAAAGAAGUGGAAGAGGAGGAGGAAGACUUACCCGCAGGAACCAGCGGACCUUGUCCUCCUUAUAACAGGCUGUUGAGAGAGGACUUGCUGAGCUGUGGGACAGUCCUUCAAAUAUCGGAUUUACCAGAUGAUGGCUUUUCAGACCAAGAUAUUAAAAAAAUCGUUCAGCCGUUCGGCAAAGUUAGCGAUCUCCUUGUGUUCCGCUCGAGAAACGAGGCCUUCCUGGAAAUGAACUACAAGGAAGCUGUGAUAGCGGCUGUGGAGUACGGGGAGACGGUGCCGGUGCUGCUGAACGGGAAGCGGGGGAAAAUAAGCGUAGCGGAGAAGCCGAAAGCGUCCCCCGGCCAGGCCAAAAUCAAUGUGAAAAAACGGACUCAGAACGUUAAAAAAGCUGCAUCGAGUACAAAAAAAGAGCAGAACACCAAGACAACGAAAUCCCUUACAGGUAAAAAAGAAAAGACUAAGAAAUCGACAGUGACGGGCGAUGGCAAAAUCAAGAAGGCUUCAAACACUGCGGCAAAACCGAUCGAGGAAGACCUGCAGAGCUCCGUGGAAGCUGAGACAGAGGUCGGGGCAGCUGCGCUGUCGGACCCGAAGGACGUUACGGAAGGGGACGGCGCGACAGAGCCCGUGGAGGCUCAGCCCAGAGGGGAGACGAGCCCUGCGCCUGCGCCAGGGACUUCUGAAGCGACGACAGCGACUGCGAAGAGCGAAGAGGCGGCAGAGGCAGCUGGCAGGGACCUUGAUGAUCUGUGCGUGGUUCUCAUCUCCAACUUGCCUGAGAAAGGCUGCUCCGCCGAGGAAGUGUCCAACCUGGCCAAGCCGUUCGGAGGCCUGAGGGACGUGCUGAUUGUGUCCUCUCACCAGAAGGCGUAUCUCGAAAUAAAUAGAAAAUCUGCGGAUUCCAUGGUGAAAUUUUACACCUGCUUUCCGAUAUCACUGGAUGGCAAUCAGCUCUGCAUCAACAUGGUGCCUCAGUACAAGACUGUAAAAGAUGAAGAAGCAAUCUUUACUGCUAUCAUUAAAGAUUCUGACCCUAAGGUGAAUACUGAAACCGUCCAUCAUCAGUUUGUGCAUCUGGGGAACCUGCCCGAUGACGGGUACCGAGAACUUGAAGUGGUUUGUGUGGGCCUUCGGUUUGGAAAAGUAGAUCAUUACGUUGUGCUGAAGAAUAAAAACAAGGCCAUCCUGCAGCUGGACAGCCCCAAGGCGGCCCGGUCGAUGCACAGCUUCCUGCAGCAGUAUCCCUACAGCAUGGGCGAGCGUACCUUGACCUGCACCUUGUCCCCCGCUGGAGAGGCCGCCGAGGCCGAGGUGGUGAAAAAAGAAGCGCAGACGGAGGAGCCAAGCAAAGGAAGGUAUGGCUUGGGCGUGGAGAAGGCUUUAUGUGACGUGUCUGAAGUGUUCACGGAGCGCAUCCCCGCCACGGAGCGGGGUGCUGAGCCGCCUCGGGGUGAAAAGGCCCCCAGUGGGAUCCCUCCGCGGGUAACGGAGGUGAAACCUGCCCUCAGCGCUGGGGCAGCCGUGGAGAGGAAGCUGGACGCAGCUGGAGAGAUGAAAGCAGCAGAGUCUGCGCUCAGAGCUGGAGGAGCUGCGGAGGAGGACUCCGAAAAGCUUGCGGUCAAGACUGGGGCGGAGACAGAGAAGAAACUUGAAAAAUUUGUGGCCGGCGUUGAGGCUGCUGUGGGAAGCGCUGCGAAUGCUGUCAGUGAGAACGACGAGGGAGGUUUGAUCAAAGCACACCAAGCUAAAGGACCGGGACCAGCAAAACCUGAUGAAACCUGCAGAGCAGUCGCGUUGGGCUCCUCUUUAUCUGUCGCCGAACUUUCCUCGGUUGGUAAAAUCAUUUUAAAGGCGGUGGUGUCCCUUCCGGAUAUAGCAAAGUCAAGGGCUCUGGCACAGAGAGUUGAGCCUGCCCUGUGGAAAGCAGGGGAGCAGAAAGCUCCCUCCAAACCCGAGGCCCGCGGCCAAGCAGCGGUGGAGAAGAAGACGGCGCCAAAAGACGAGGAUCACCUGCGACCUGGCUGCAGCCAGCCCAGCCUGGGAGACGGCAGCGGCAAGUGCAGAGUGAGCAGAGCUUCUGCUGUGGAUGGAAGGGGAGGCAGUGGGAGGAAUCCGUCCCAGCAAGAGAAGGACUCGCGAGUGGAAUCUAGGGCUAGUUCAAAACAGUCUCAAGAGGGAGAGAGUAGAUCCCCCAGCGUGAAGAAAGACCCCGGCAGCGAUAAGGCUCCUGUUGGUGGCAACGCGAAAACUUCAAAAAGUGACGCUGGCGGCAGUGCGAAGGAGGUGAGGAUCGAGCUGGAAGAUGAAGAGCUGUUCCCAUUUAACCUGGAUGAAUUUGUGACUGUGGAUGAGGUCGUCGAGGAGAUCAAGUCUCCUGUUAAAACACGGCGAAAUCCGCUGAGGGGAAAGAGAAAAGAAGGCGCUAAAAGCCCCUCCUCUUCGGAGCCUGGUUCCAAGAGAAGGAAGGAGAAGAGCUCCGUGGCGUGCAUCGCCGAGAGCGAGCUCUCUUUUGUCACCUUGGACGAGAUCGGUGAGGAGGAGGACGUGACCGCCCAUGACCCGCAGGGCCUGGUGGUGGUGGAUGAGGUGACUGAAGAGGAGGAACUGAUGUCAGAAGCGGUGAAGGACCCGCAGUCCCUUGUCACUCUGGACGAGCUGUCUGAGCAGGAGGAGCUGGCUUCGCAGAAAGAUGUCCCCAGGUCAGUUUUUGAGGAGCAGGAUUUGAAAGCUGAACCCUUGGUAACGGUGGAUGAAAUCGGGGUUGCAGAAGAGCUGCCCCUCAACGAGCCGACGGGCUUGAGUGUCAAGGAGGAGGAGAAGGAGGCUGUGGAGGAUGCCAGAGAGUUCGGUUCCUCUCAGGUGCCUGAUGAUCCCAGCGCGUUGGUGACGGUGGAUGAGCUCCCAGAGGACAACGAAGAUAACCCUCUAGUGACUUUGGACGAAGUUAACGAAGAUGAAGAUGAUUUUCUGGCCGAUUACAAUCGUAUGAAGGAAGAUCUAAACUUUGUUACAGUAGAUGAAGUUGGAGAGGAAGAUGAGGAAGAAGAAAACACUUUCCCAGGGAAAAAUCUGGACGAGGGUGAAGACGAUGAAGACAUCGUUGCUGUUGCAGGACCAGAAGAAGAAAAUGCUGCCGGUGCAGGACCAGAAGAGGAGGAUAUUGUGGCUGGCGCAGGAGCAGAGGAAAUGGAAAUUCUAGGAGAUACGAGUCCAGAAGAAGAAAUGGCUGCGCUCUCAAAGUCAAAAGGUUUGGAUUACCUCGUCCCGAAGGCCGGCUUCUUCUGCCAGAUCUGCUCGCUGUUCUACGCCGACGAAAUAGCCGUGAAAAACCACUGCAGGACGCUGCUUCACCAGCAGAACAUGGAGAAGUUCAUGGCGAAGCAGGCGGAGGAGGAGACCGACGGGGAGGAGCCGAGUUCGAGGUGA